GCUGGUGGCGCUGGCCGCCCUCCUCUGCUUCGUGGCCUCGGGCGCGCACAGCGCCUACACGGCGCUGGCCGGCAUGGAGACGGCGAUCACCGCCCUGUUCCUGCUGAUCUACCUGCUGAGGCUCGACGCGCGGAUGCGCUGCCUCUUUUGGCCGCUGGCUGAUAUUUUCAACUCGGUGAUUGCAGCGUUGUUCCUCCUCGUUGUGUGCUUGUUUGCAAUAAUAAUCAAGACCAACAAGGGGACAUUGGCUGGAGGAGUGUUGGGUCUUAUGUUGCUUGUUCUCUGCAUUGUCGACGUGGUUCUUCUUUACAAGAAGAUUAGUCUUGAUAAAGCAAGAGGAAGGAGUGCUCCUGCCAAAUAAGAAUGACACGUUAGUGAAAGAAUGAGUUCUCCAUUCUGUUUUUCCACUCUCUUUUAAAGCAUUUGUAUUUUUGUGUGCUCAAUUUUGAAUUUCCUGUGCACUGAUGUUUCUGCAAGUAUCAUUCAUAAGGUUUUGUACUUUUCCAAAUGCAGUUUGAGCAUUGCGAUUUCACCAGUUAAAGCUUCAGUGAAAAUUGUCAUGUUUUUCUAAAAUUACUUCUGUUUUUACUGUUAGAAAAAUUAUUGUCAUGGUUGUCUUCUUUCUUUAAUAAAAAGAAAAUACAAACGGG